CUCCGCCUGGGAGGCCGGGCCGGAGGCGGAGGCAGGGCGGGCGGGGAUGUCGUCCUGCGGAGGCCCCGGCUCCGACCCGACGGAGGGGCCUCCCGCACCCGCUGCUGCUCCUCCGGGGCGGCUCUCCCGCAUGGCCCGGCUGCAGCGGCGGAGGCCGGCGGUGCUCUUCGGGGGCGCGGCGGCGGCGGUGCUGGGCUGCGCCUUCCUGGCCGCCCUCAAGGCCUCCUCCAGCCGUGCCAAAGACGUCACCUUGCCCGCCAGGCCUCCAGUCAGCUUCUUUGCUCUGACGUCUCCGGUCCACGACCUUUUCCUUGGGCAACUGGACCACGCAGAGGACAUCCGGCGUGACUCGGAUGUCAGUCUUUUCUACUUCUAUGCCCCGUGGUGCGGGCAGUCCGUCGCCGUCCGGGAGGAGAUCGAGAAGGUGGCUGGCAUCCUGGCGGACCAGGUCCUGUUCGUGGCCAUCAACUGCUGGUGGAACCAAGGCAAAUGUCGGAAGCAGAAGCAGUUCUUUUACUUUCCGGUUAUAUAUUUAUACCAUCAAAGCUUUGGGCCCAUUGAGUACAAAGGCCCAAUGAACGCUGUUUACAUUGAAAAGUUUGUUCGCCGUGUGAUGACACCCCUGCAUUAUAUUUCAUCCCAAUCAAAACUACAGCGGUUCCUGUCCCAUUAUGAACCCGGCGUCUUGGGAUACUUCGAGUUCAACACCUCCCCCCAGCCCCCGGGUUACCUGACGUUCUUCACCUCAGCCUUGCAUUCAUUAAACAAAGAUCACCUUGGACCCAUCCACUUUGGGGUGAUUACGAAUAAGCAGGUUGCAAAGGAGAUCCCACUGACCGUCUCUGGCAGCAUCUAUUUGCCUCGCCGCCUCAACGCAUCUCUUCUCUUCCCGCACGAAGUCAUGAACUACACUGCCGAGAACGUGUGGAAGUGGGCCCUGGAGAACGGGGAAUCCUUGGUCCGCUGGCUGAGGCCCCACGGAGGGAAGAGCCUCCUGCUGAGCAACGAGCUGAAGAAGGGGCCGGCCCUCUUCCUCUUCCUCCCCUUCGACCCUCUGGCCGAACACCAGCCCCUCGUGGAAGAGGUUUCUGAACUGGCGUUGGAGUACAACCGCUGCAACAAGAGCCGUAGGACGGAGGAGGCCGGCCACCCCGAUGGGGCCUGGGCCCCCCUCCCUCGCUCUGCAUCCAGGCCCCGUUGCUGCAACACGGUGGUCCUCCCGCCACGGUGGCACUCGCUCUCCCGGGCCUCGGCCUACAACAUCUGCGAGCUGUGCGUCAACCAGAGCGACGGGCUGCAUCCCAGCCCUUUGGCAACCUGCACUUUCUUUGAGAUCGAGGCCGCCUUGGACUCCUUCUACCUCCAGGAGCGGGCCUUCCUCUUUCACACGGCCUCCCUCUGCAGCAACUUCCUCCACUCCUACAGCCCUUUCAGUUACUACUCUGCGUGUUGCCGGACGGUGGGCUCUGGAGAGGCCUCCCAAUGGCCACUGGGAGGAGCUGCCCCCCAUGGGACGCCGCCACGGCCAUGGGGAGACAGGGCCCAUCCCUCUAUGCCUCACAUUGAGGACGGGAAGGGCCUCCUCCCCGCAAGCCCCCCUUUCUUCAGGCCCGGUUUCACCGGCCUCAGCUGCAGGACCAACAAGACGCUCAACCUCUACUUGCUGGAUGCCAACCUCUUCUGGGCCUACGCUGAGCGUUUGGGAGCCUCAGCCCCCACCAAGGGCUUUGCCGCCAUCGUGGACCUCAAGGAAGAGACCCACUAUGUCCUGGAUCAGGAACAGGCCCUGCGGGGGGCCAGCCUCGAAACCUUCAUUCAAAACUACAGUGUGGUGUACAGUCCCCUGCGGAGGCACCUGGUGGGCGAGAGGAGGACUGGACGCCCAAAGGCCCUGCACCGGAUCCGGGAGAUCACCUCCGGGACGUUUCAGGAGACGGUGCUGAAGAGCCCCCAGGAUGUGGUGCUGCUGUAUUACACCCCGUGGUGCGGCUUCUGCAUGUCCCUCAACCACGUCUUCCUCCAACUAGCCCGGAUCCUGCCUCCCCAGGACUUCCUAGUGGCCAGGGUCGAUGUUUCCCGCAACGACUUGCCCUGGGAGUUCAUGACCGACCACCUUCCUAACGUCUUGUUUUUCCCUCAAGGCAGGAAGGACCGGAGCGUGCGCUUCCCCUCCUGGCACUUCCCGCUGACCCUUCCCAACCUGCUCCGCUUCCUCCUGGCCCACUCUGGCCGGCCUUCCUCCUCCUCCUCCUCCUCCUCCUCUUCUUCAGACCCGGAGCCCAGCCUCAAGGGCUCCCUUUUGGGGGGGCUCCUGGCCGAAAACGCCUUCCUCAAGGCCCUACUGACCACCAAGCAGAGGUCCGAAGAUGAAGGCCCGUUUUCGCCCAUUGACCCUUUCCCCAAAGCCGAAGAGGGCGGCCAGGCCCAGCCGGACCUCUGCAGCAGAGAGACCGAAGGGGAAUGAAGACCCCGACACAAAUCACGUUCAGGUCUUUAUGCAAACUUUAUUGACAUCUCGGAAAUCCUUCUCUCCCCAAAGAACUUCCUGUGUCAUUUCCUUGGACUAGAAAUCAAAGAGUAUUUUUAUAAUGAGCCAUGAAAACCGGACGGAAGCACAGUCCCCGAAGCCUGCCGCCUCAAGGGACAGACUGGGGGUUCCGGGGGCCUUUGCACUUUACGGUUGCACUAAUUUGAUAGCUUUUGUAUUGAUUGGGGCCUAAAUUAAAACAAAGGGGGAGGGAGGGCAGCACAAAGCUCCCUUUCUCCCCCAUGAAUCUCCAGGAA